UACCGUCUUCCUGUUGCUUUGGUUCCUGCGUACUACAACGUCACCCUGUGGCCUCGCCUCACCCCUGACCCACAGUCUGCUCUCUACAUCUUUACAGGGAAGUCUGUUGUGGAGUUUGAGUGUGUGAAAGAAACCGAUGUCAUCCUCAUCCACUCCAACAAACUCAACUACUCCAAGCUGGAAAAUGGACACAUCGGAAUGCUCAUGGCUUCAGGUGGUGCAUCUCCUCCCAAUAUUACAUUCUCCUGGCUGGAGACAAAGACACAGUAUUUGGUUUUACAACUAAACAGCAAAUUAAUUGAAGGGCAGAAGUAUCAGCUGUAUGCCAAGUUCACUGGAGAACUUGCCGACGACUUGGCGGGCUUUUACCGGAGUGAAUAUGAAGAAGAUGGUGUGCAAAAGAUUGUUGCCAUUUCACAGAUGCACCCAACUCAUGCCAGAAAAACCUUCCCUUGUUUUGAUGAGCCAGCUCUGAAAGCUGUUUUCUACGUCACUGUCAUCCACUCUCCUGGAACUGUGGCCUUGUCCAAUGGCAUGGAGCAAGAUAUUGUGAACGCCACCAUUGAUGGAGUCGCGGUGACACAAACGAGGUUUAAGUCCACUCAGAAAAUGUCCACCUACCUACUCGCCAUCGUGGUUUGUGACUUCAAAGACGUCCGUACUCACCUGGGAGACAUUCUGAUACGUAUUUGGGCCCGCAGUAAGGCAAUAGAGGAUGGACAAGGAAACUACGCUCUCAACGUAACUGGACCCAUUUUGGACUUUUACCAAGAAUACUAUAACAUCUCCUACGUCCUAAACAAAGCUGAUCAAAUUGCUCUGCCAGACUUUUACUUUGGAGCUAUGGAGAACUGGGGUUUGGUGACGUACAGAGAAACCAACCUGCUCCAUGAUCCACUGGCCUCUUCAAACAGAAACAGAGAGACCACUGCCACCAUCAUUGCUCAUGAACUAGCCCACAUGUGGUUUGGGAACCUGGUGACUCUGAGGUGGUGGAACGAGGUGUGGCUGAAUGAAGGCUUUGCUUCCUACGUGUCAUACCUGGGGGCAGACCGUGCUGAGCCGGAAUGGAAUGUGAAAGACUUGAUCGUACUCGAUGACAUCCACAAGGUGUUUGCAGUUGAUGCCUUAGCCUCCUCCCAUCCGCUGUCCAUUCAUGAAAACGACAUCCUGCUGCCAAGCCAGAUCAUGGAGCAGUUUGAUGUGAUUUCAUACAGUAAGGGUGCAGCAGUGCUGAGGAUGCUGUCUGAUUUCCUUUCAGAGCCUGUCUUUGUCCAGGGACUCUCCAGGUACCUGAAACAGUUUGCCUACAGCAACACAGAGGGAAAAGAUUUGUGGGACAAUCUACAAAAGGUUGUUGAAUCGAAUGGUGUAUUACUUCCUCGUCAUGUUGGGGACAUCAUGAACCGCUGGGUGCUCCAGAUGGGCUUCCCUGUGGUUACCAUAGAUACAUCCACAGGCAUUGUAUCCCAGAGGCACUUUCUGCUUGACCCAGAUUCUAAAGUCACAGUCAAAUCGCCUUACAACUAUGAAUGGUUUGUUCCACUCAGAUGGAUGACGUCAGUUGAGGUCCAGAAGAACAUCUGGUGGCUCCUGGAAAAGACAGUGGAAAAUGAGGACAUGAAGAGUGGGGGUUUGUGGAUUCUGGCCAACACUAAUGUGACUGGUUACUACAGGGUAAACUAUGACCUUGGGAACUGGGAGAGACUUCUCACCCAGCUAGAUACAGAUCAUCAGGUAAUUCCGCUGAUAAACAGAGCUCAGCUUGUGGAUGAUGCUUUCAGCUUGGCCAGGUCUGGGGAUGUCCCAAUUACUCUGGCUCUGAGGACAACUACUUAUUUGUCUGUGGAGAGGGAAUACAUGCCCUGGCAGUCUGCGCUAGUGAACAUGCAAUAUUACUACCUCAUGCUGGACCGUACGGACGUCUAUCAGCCUAUGCAGGACUACAUGAAGAAACUGGUUUCACCUCUCUUCCUGUAUUUCAAGAACCUUACAUCAGACUGGAGACUUGUUCCACAAAGACACAUGGACCAGUAUAACCAGGUGAAUGCCGUCCGUGUGGCCUGCAGCGCCGGACUGACAGAAUGUCAAAUCCUGACAACGACAUGGUUCAAGCAGUGGAUGGACAAUCCUCAUCAGAAUUUGAUCCAACCCAACCUGCGUUCAGCGGUUUACUGCAGCGCCAUGGCGGCAGGGGAUGUGGCUGAGUGGGAAUUUGGUUGGUACCAGUUGAAGAAAGCUUCAGCAACCAGUGACUCCAGCAAACUCCUGUCUGCGCUGGCCUGCACCACCAACACAGAACUGCUGAAAAGGUAUCUCUCAUACACCUUAAACCCAGCGAUGAUCCGUAAGCAGGAUGCCACCUCAGUCAUCAUCUCCGUUGCCAGCAAUCGAGUUGGACAGAGUCUGGCCUGGGACUUUGUCAGGGUCCAGUGGGAGUACAUGUUCACAAAAUAUGGUGUGGGCUCCUUUUCUUUUGCCACCAUAAUUGACGGCAUCACAGCAAGAUUCUCAACGCCAGAGGACGUGCAGCAGCUGGAGGAGUUUGUGAAGGAGAACAGCGCCGCCGGCUUCGGCUCAGCCUCACUGGCUGUGAUGCAAGCACUGGACAGGACGAGAGCUAACGUCAAGUGGCUCCAAGCGCACAGAGAGGAGGCGCUGCACUGGUUUACCAGCCAGACAGGAAGUCUGUGCGAGGAGAGGAGGAAGGGUUAAAGCCAGCUCGACAACCCAUCAACCAAUCAAAUAGCUGCUCACAUAAAGCAUCAGAUUGUUAAUCAGAAGCUGGAAUGAGGUUGAUCAUUUUCUUUACACUUUUUAUUG